AUGGUAGAAUACUUAUAUAAAGCCCUAGGACUCCAAAGCACUGCCACACUCAUAGAAGUCAAGAAGGCCUAUAGAACUCUAGCAAAAGAAUAUCAUCCAGACAAGAACAAAAACGGCGCAGAAAGGUUUAAAGAAAUAAACAAUGCUUACAGUAUACUAAGCGACGCAGAAAAACUAUCAGAAUACAAACGAAAGAACCCAACAGCAUCAUCAUCAAAGACAUCAUCAACCUAUUCAACGUAUGAUAAGUACGGGUCCGGCUUUGAUACUUUUACUGGAAAUCCGUUUUACGAUAAACUCUUUAAUCACUUUUUCACUGGAGCUUUUCGUCCAGGACCACCACCUUCAGCACAACGGCCACCACCACCACCACCACCAAAAUUUCGUACAGAGCGACAAACAUCACCACCGCCUCCAGAAAAACCACCGAGAAUGGAUUUUGACAUUACCACCGAGUGCUCUUUGACCUUGGAACAAAUCUACAACGGAGCCAAGGUGGAUCUACAAUACUUUGAAGACACUGACUGCGAUCUGUGUAAAAACAACAAACGUCACCCAAGCCUCAAACGAUACAAGCAGUGUGAACGAUGCGAGGGAUCAGGUUGGCUUAACCCUCAAUUGGCCAGCAGGAAAACACAGGAACCCAUCACAUGUGUAUUCUGUAAGGGCCAAGGUCGAGUCAAGCACUAUCGCGAUUGUGUGAAAUGUAUGGGUGAAACGAAAAGAGCAAAGAGCAGAAGAGUCAGGAUCCCCAAAGGAAUUAACAAGAAUCAUGCUCUUCGCGUGCGGGAGGAGGGAUACUUGAAACCAGAUGGCACAAAGGGCAAACUCAUAUUUCGCAUCCGUGUCCUGGAACAUGCUGUAUUCCAACGUGAGGGCGACAAUUUACGUACGACUGUCAAGAUUUCACUCAAGGACGCCGUCAUGGGAUUUGAGAACAAGAGGCUGUUUACACAUUUGGAUGGAAGAAAGGUGGCUGUGACGCAAGAACCAGGCUUUACAAUUCGACCCAACUCGCAGAGACGAUUAAAGGGCGAGGGCAUGCCCAUCUACGGUAGCAAAACGAACGCAUUUGGCGACAUGAUUAUCCGAUUUGAGGUGGAAUGGCAAGAUACUGUGCAAAUACCCCAGUGCAGAGCUGCCCUGGAUACUAUCCAUGAGUUUUUUAUGACCAACCAGGAAAAGAAGUGUAAGGAAGAUGUCAUUGUGAUUGACGAUGAUGAGGAGAAUGCAGAGGCAGAGCAGCGAUCCGCAAAGAGACGACGCACGCAUAAACCAGCACCAUCACCAGCAGCAGCAGCAGAAAAUGUGCUACAGGACAUGUCUGAAGAAGAACAAGAGGACGAGGAGGACGAGAAGAUGGAUGAGCUCAAUGAUGAGUAUGGCGAUGACGAUAGAAGCUGA